AUGGCGUCUGCAAUGAAUUUGGAUAGUCGCCAUGAUCCUUUCAGUGAUGACUCUAUGGAAAUGCCCAUAAACAUAGAAGAGGUAGACUCUCUCGAAGCCAUUGUUAUCAUCGACAAUGAGCUAGAUCCGCUCUCACCCCCAGCCCUGGGUACUGUCCAAAUCUCAGGGAAUCUGGGAUCAAUUGCCAUGAACUCAAAGCAUACAUUGACAGAUCGUGGGGAAGCCUGCAAGGAAUUGAGGCUGGAAGAUGUCUGCUGCGCUGCACAUGGCUUGUCAAUUCUGGUGACUGCCACUAAAGGUGACAAGAAGCACACUAUUCUCUUCGAUGCUGGUCCUGAAGAGGAGGCAUGGGAGAGAAACGUGAAGCGGCUGCGACCAAAUCUCUCCUCCGUGGAAGUGAUUCAUCUAUCACAUUGGCAUCGAGACCACUCCGGUGGGCUUCUACAAGCAAUCCGCAUGAUAAAAGAUGCCAAACAAGCGGAGAGCCACGCCGAGGACCUCGUCGCGGACUUGCACCCAGAUCGACCCGCCUACCGAGGCAUUGCUCUCCCGGAGCAUAUCAUCUCCCUCGAGGCUGAUCCUACCUUCGAGGAGAUUAGAAGCGCGGGUGCGGUGGUCGACAAGCGAAGCGAGCCACACACCGUACUUGAUGACUUCUUUCUUGUCUCUGGGGAGAUUCCACGGGUGACACCGUACGAGACAGGUCUGAAGAAUUCAGUGCGAUAUGACCCUGAUGAGAAUGACUGGUUCUCUGACGAAGUCAUCCUCGAUGAGCGUUCCCUCAUCUGCAAUCUCAAGGGAAAGGGUCUUGUUGUCUUCACUGGAUGUAGUCACGCUGGCGUAGUCAACACCACCAAACACGCCGUCGAACUCACCGGUGGGUCGGUACCCGUCCAUGCCGUCGUCGGUGGGUUUCAUCUCGCCACAAGCGACGCGGACCAAAUCCAAAACACCGUCGCCGAUCUCAAACGGCUCGAUCCCGCCGUGCUCAUGCCGGGUCACUGUUCGGGCUGGCGGGCCAAGUUUGCGAUUGAGAAACACAUACCCGGGUCAUUGGUGCCCUGCACUGUCGGAUCAAGAAUCACAUUUUGA